ACGUGUUUUUACGAAAAUUGUCAAAAAAAAUUUAGAUUUUAGUGAAUUUUAUUACCGAUAUAGGGCAUAUUGAAGAAUCUAAUUAAAACAUAAGAUACAUGAAUAUAUACUGGAUAUAAAAAUAACAAGAAGACAGUAGUCGAGACGUUGAACAUAGCGAACUGACAGUUGAAAAGCUGAAAAUAGCUACUUCCGGUCUGGCGAGCGAACAAUGGGGCCAACAAAAAUGACAAAGAAGGAUCAGAAAGACAGCAUAAGUGCAACCCAAAACAGUAAAUUAAAAAGGACUGUUACGCCCAAAGCAUCCGCAGCUCUGGCAGCGGCUCUACGAGAGGGACCUCACCCAGGGGAAGCUCCCCCUCGGUCAGGACCUACUCGUGGCGCCCCCACAGCGGUGUGUGCCGAGGGUGAGAGCUUUAUUUCCAGGAAUCUCAACACACCCGAUGUGGUUGUAAUGCAACAUCAGGAUAGCCCCGUGCCUACCCAGGCAAGUAAUGGUAGCAUGACCAGUCUCAUUCCUCCACCCAGGUCGGUGAGUGCAUCGCAAGUUUUACCUACAAACAAUGCUGAGCCAGACAUGUCCAUCAGUCAGUUAUACUCGCUACUAAAAGGCGGCCAAGACAAUAUAAAGGAGUCGAUUAUUAGCAUCCGUAAAGAGAUGUCGGAACAGGUGGAUUCACUCAGAAGAGAAUUUGAGCAUAAAAUUGACGAUUCACAUAAAGAAAUUCAAGCUGAGGUUACUGCUUUUCAUGAGAACUUCAAGUCCCGAAUCACCAAUAUAGAGACAACCAUGGCAGCACAAGACAAUGAAUUCCAUUCUUUUAUAAUCAAGAACAUUGAAGAGUCCACAGUGGAAAGUGACCUUGACCAGGUCAAUAAUAUGAUCUCUAAUGGACUUGGGCUAAAAGACUCUAGCAUGAAGGUGGUGAAAACAUCUCGAAAACCGAAAAGAACAGGAGCUAAAUACCCAGGCAUUAUUGUAGCCCAGGUGAAAAAUAAAGACUCAAAAUCUCAAAUUCUCUCUAAAAAGAGAGCCCUGAAACAGAAUGAUCUCUACAAAAAUGUGUAUAUUGAAGAUUUUAUAUCGCCAGAUCUGAAGAAGGUCAAUGACAAUCUACACACAGUUUUAAAAGCGGUCGGGAAAGAGAACAAUUUUAUCAUGCGGAAUGGACGCUUUUUACAGCGCAAUAACAACCCCCAACGACUAAAUACAAAUACACAAUAGGGGGACGGCCGGUGUCAGCUUAAGCUCGCAACUUGGAACGUAAAUGGUUUCUCACUACGGGAAAAUGAGAAUGCUAGUUUUAGGAAAGCUGUAAUUGCCAACCUCGAAAUUGAUAUUUUUAGUUUAAACGAAACAUUCCUACGCGAUGAUGAAGGCUUGAAGAUAGAUGGCUAUACAUGGUUCGGUAACAACAGAACUAAUAUGCAUGCUAAUGCACGUCGAGGGGCAGGUGGUGUUGGUAUCCUGGUUAAAAAUGAUGUUUUAAAUGACUUUGAAUGCCAGGUGCUUGACAGAUCUGACCAAGACAUUCUAUGGCUAAAUCUAUCCGCAAAGAAUUCUGAUAUUUCAAUUAACUUAUGUAGCUGCUAUUUACCCCCUCUAUCGAGAUGUACUAGAAAUAAUGACCC